AUGAGAAAUGAUGAAGGCUUUCAAAGAAUUAUUGUUGAUUCUGCUGAAAUUGCAAAAGAAUUGGAAACAGUAACAAAUUUUGAAGAAAAACAUGUCGGGAGAAGGAGAAAAAAGCGACUGUUCGAUUAUGAGACACAAGAUAAAGCGUUGCAAGAUCCAAAAGAAAAAUUUAAAGUUGAAUUUUAUUUUAAAAUUAUAGACCUUGCUAUACAGUCUAUUGCGGAAAGGUUUGAACAAAUGCGACAGUAUAAUAGUAUGUUUGGCUUCCUUAAUGAUAAUUAUUCUAUAAGUUCAAAAUCUUCUGCAGAAUUAUUGAAAAAUUGUAGAAAUCUAGAAGAAAUUUUAACUCAUGGUUCUCAAAAAGAUAUUAGUGCAGCGGAUCUUUGUAAUGAAAUCAAAGUACUUUCUGGAAGACUCCCACAACAAAUGACACCACAUGAAGAACUAACUUUUAUAGUUGAACAACGUUUAAUUGACUGUCUACCAAAUAUAUUUUUUUGGGUCUUAAGUGACAUCCAAUGGAUGUUUAUCUGUGAGAUGGUUUCUUGCGAAUGUGAGCAAAAAAACACUUCUUGCAUUGGUUAA